CCUCCCCCCCCCCCUCUGUCUGCUCCCUCUCCAGACGGCCAGGAGGAGGUGACCAAGUGCCCGCACCAGGACUCCCAGGAGAGCUCGGACGCCUCGUUCGGAGAGCUGUCGGACGGCGGGGACCUGAAGCAGCACAAGGCGGAGGAGGAGGGGCUGGGCUUCGGCUGCGGGGGCGGGCCGGGGGCCGGGGGGGGCGCCCCCAAGCUCCGGCCCGACGGCGACAAGAAGCACACCUGCACGGAGUGCGGCCACGCCUUCCGCUCCAAGUCGUACCUCAGCAAGCACAUGCAGAAGGCGCAUGUGGGGCCCCAGAAGGGGCUGGUGGGGGCCCCGGGGCCCCUGGGCGACCUGGCCCCCGCCCUGAGCUCCCCCUUCUCCCCGCAGCAGAACAUGUCCCUCCUGGAGUCCUUCGGCUUCCAGAUCGUGCAGUCGGCCUUCGCGUCGUCGCUGGCGGACCCCGAGGCGGGGCACAGCGGACUGGGCCUGGGGGGCAAGUGAUUCCCCUCCCGGGGCUGGGGGAGGGGAGAGGGGGGCCCGGGCAGUCCAGCCCAGUCCAACUUGGGGGGUCCUGCGCUCCGGCCCGGUCGUUCGGAACCCUCCCCGCCGUGUCCUGCUGCUCCGCGGCGCUGGCGGAGGGGGUCCGGUCCGCGUGAGACCGCCGGGAGGCUGAAGAGCAGUCCGGUCGAGCAGCGGCAGUGGCGCCUCGGACCCCAGUUUGUGGCGGGAUCGGGGAGGCCUGGUGGGAACGAGGCUGGCGGUCCUGCUGCUCUGCCCGGACCGAUCGGAUCCGCUCGGUCCAGCUCUCCGGCCCUGCAG